GUGGUGGGUUCCUGGCUGGAGCUAUUAAGGGGACCAGUUUCUUGGCCUCUCUCGGUUCUAACUGGCUCUUCUUUCCCUGGCAGUUCCUGGAAGACCUUCUGUUCUUCAUCUCGGACCUACCUGGCUGGGCUGUUUCAUCGCUAGUAUCAGGCGCCAGCUGAGUCACAGUGAUAAGUGGCCCAGUGACUAGAACUUUCUCUACAAGUGCUGGGGCACCGUGCUGAUGUUUUCUCCAGCAGAGAGCAUCAAACCCCAGCUAUGGCGCCUGGUGGAGAUGGUCGAUUUCCGAGAAGAAGUGGAAAGAGAGGGAUUCGCCCGAGCACUUGGGCUGUGUGCCAGGCAACACCUAUAUGAGAUUUUCGCCAUCCUGGAGCACUGGGACGAGUUCGUCAGCAGGGUGCAGCUCCAGCCUUCUGCCGGUGGCUCUCUGGAGGAGCCAGCUUCCAUCGAGCAGCUGAGAAGCUUCCUGCUCCUCACCUAUGGCCAUGUGGUCCACUCAGGCCCCACGGAUCUCAUCCUAGAGACCAUAGGCUGCAAGAUCCUGUCUCCCAUGCGGCAACACUAUUUUCUGAACGAACAUGAGAUCCUCAGAGGCAAGGACUGGGCCUGGCUGCAGAGCCCCGAUCACCAGCACGCCCUGCUGGCCAUCUCAUACUCAGGGAAAUUCGAGCCUCGCCUGUCUAAGGAACAGGAGGCUGAGACCAUCAGCACUUGUAUCGCCAGCGCCAUGAUUCAGCGCCCAGCCCUGGCGAAGCUGAGAGGGACUGAGGUGGCAGAAAUCUCCACUCUCCAGGCAGAAGUUAGUGAGGCAUGGACAAAGCUGCAGCUUCCACCUGCCUCCUUGGCUGGGAAACUCAGCCACCCCCCUGCUGAGUAGCUGGACCCUGGCCCAAUGCAGAGAGCUGCGUGUCCAGCCGAAUCCAGCCCCUCAGUUUAUUUUCCAAAGGGCUGGUGACAAGUGGCUAUGCAGUUAACUCUGCAGUUGGGUUGGCAGGGAGGACAGCUGUAGAGUCUAUCCAAGAACUGCCCUGGGAGGGCCUGGAUCUUGUGCUGCAGAGGUUCCUGGAGCAGCACCUGACCCCCACCACGCUACUGCAGCUGUUUC